AUGGCUGAGGAGGAAGGUGAUGUGGACGAGGAGGAUGUGUUCCUGGCAUUUGCCCAGGGUCCCUGUCCUCCAAGGAGUCCCUUCCGUAGGGCCUUGGACAAAGCCUUCCUUGUCUUCCUGUUUCUCAUCCUGACACUACUGACACUGGAGGCUGUUUGUAAGCUGCUGUGGCUGCUACCAUGGACAAAGUUUGGGGACUGGCUCCUGAGAACACCUCAGAAGGAGGAGGAGCUGGAAUUGUGACCACCUUUCCUAUAAAUAUUCUCUUCCCCUGCUACAGAGCUCUCCCAGAGGAAGAGGAAGAGACCAGUGGAGACUCAAGGUAUUUUACAAGUCUCAUUUCAUCCAACAGCGGCAAUUUGCACAGAUUCUCCUCAAAGCCCCCGCCCCACAUCGCGGUCCUAUGGCCCUGGAGCUCCUGGACAAGGCACGGCCUCCAGGUCAUCACUGCAUGCACCUCGGGCACCCCACCAGAAAGGAACGGAGAACCACCUAGGUCUCACCUGCUGGGUGGGUCAUUAGUUCCUUGGAGGCGCUUAAAACGAAGUCAAUAACAAUAGUAAUAAUAAUAAUAACAAAUUUGUGUAGCGAAUUGUGCUCGUUUGUAUGCAUGUGUUAUGAUUUCACUAUUGGGAGGUGUGGGCACGGGGAAGUAGAAGUAGCUGCUGGACAGCGGCUGGGGAGCGCGCAGCCUGCAGAAAGGAAAGGGCAGGCGCAGUAGAUGAAGCCGCGGAAAGGGUACCUGGCAGGUAGGAAAGCGGCGCCGGAAG